GUUUGGACCUGCCUGCAUUCCGUAGAUGUAACUAUGACGUACACUGACAUGGUGGAGUAGCUAGCUGAGUUAGGCUAGAAGGGAGGUAUUUGAGCUGUCAAACUUUCUUUCUUUAUAUUUCAUAACAUUAGCUUGACGUUUGUGUUAGAGUAAUGGCCUAUCUUUUCAACUCGUCCUACAAAAUAAUCUAAGUCUUUACAGACUGUUUACUCGGAGUGUUUUGCUGUUUCGGAAGCGCCAUACUGUGGCUUAAUCUCAAAUGUGUCUCUAAUUCCUACUCUAUAGGAGCCAUAAUAAUGGAUCCGACGCCCUAUGUAGUGCACUACAGAACCCACAGGGAGCCGUUUGGGAUUCGGCCUUAGCCUGAGUUUCCUCAGCUGUUCACAAAGUCCAAAGCUGUCUUUCUUGUACCUGUAUUUCUACAUUUCUGAACUGUUCAUCUAUCAAGCAGCAGUUAGCUAGCUAGCAUCAUGUUUGUGUCGGCAUUCUGCGGAGUUUUAUGCGGUGUUUUUCUGGCUGUAAUGCUUUUGCGUUUAAUCGCUGUCUUGCGGGCUGGUGCAGAAUGUAAACCUGCUGCAAAGGGCUCGGUGUGUGUUCUUAUUGUGGCCGGAUCAGGUGGACACACCACAGAGAUCAUUCGUUUGAUGGGGAGUUUGUGCCAGUCUUACAGCCCACGCCAUUAUGUGAUCGCAGACUCUGACAAGAUGAGUGAAGAGAAGAUUCGCACAUUUGAAGCUUCAAAAGAGAAAAGCGGCUCUCCAGCACAGUUCACCAUUCAUCGGAUCCCACGUAGUCGAGAAGUUCUUCAGUCAUGGAGCUCCUCUGUGCUCAGUACCCUGUACUCUCUGCUCUACUCGCUUCCUCUGGUCUUCAGACUCAGACCUGAUAUGGUGCUGUGUAAUGGGCCUGGGACGUGCAUACCUCUGUGUGCAGCUGGAUUGCUCUUAGGGAUCCUGGGGCUCAAGAGGGUCUUGCUGGUGUAUGUGGAGAGUAUUUGCCGUGUGGAGAGCCUUUCGCUGUCUGGAAAGAUCCUUUACCACUUUGCUGACUACUUCUUUGUGCAGUGGAAGCCACUGCAAGCCAAAUAUCCUAAAUCAAUCUACAUUGGGAGGAUAGUAUGAAUGAAAACUUGACUUGACAGAACAUUAUUAUUUUGUACUCAGUAUGGGACAGUGAUCUCUAUUAGAUCAUUUUAAUAGGUACUUUUCAAUGUUGCUUUUUAUAUUGACUGUCUGAUUAAUUACAGAUACUGUUACUGGAAUGCACUGUCUUAAGUUACAGUGAGCUAAGGAAUGACAUGCGCUAUGAUUUAUGUAGUGUAUGUCUUCAUGCUCUUGUGGUUGCUUAGGUGUAGCUGAAAAUCUUGUUGCAUGAGAGGGCCUUGCGUUCAGUCUUUUCCUUUUAUCUUAAAUGAAACUGAGGCCAGAUUUGAUGUGCAGAAGAUUGGCUGCUGAAAGGUGCUGUCAUGAAAAGCAUAAUCACUGCAGCCAAACCAAACACCACACCAGUCAGUGUCUACAUGUGAAAACAGCCACAUUUUUGUGUUCAGUUAAAGGUUCUACGAGGUACUUGACCUUUUUUAGUCUUUUUUUUUUUUUUUUUCUUCAUAGCUGAAAUCCUUGUGAGUGCUGUAGUGUUUUUUCUGCCUUUGUGCUCAGUGCUUACCCUAAGAACCCUGGAGUCACAUUCUGAAGUUUCCUGUCCUUACUGCUACUACUGCUGUGGGCCACAGGAAGUGGCAUGAAUAAUUGCGGUGUGUUUUUUGCAGUCAUAAAAUGUAGGGGGAAGAGAGAAAACACUCAAAUUCUGCUGAAACAUGUUUCUAUUUUUAGCCCUAAUCUCAGAACACUAGUAUUAUAAACAUAUUUUCAUGCUAUUUUUGGGAGCACCAAUAAAAAUAUUCGAUGAAUGAUAAAUGCAUUGCUUAUAACAGUACUUAUGUGUUAAUUCUUGGAUAAUUGUCUGAUUGCCUUAAAGCUUUCCCUCAGUCAUGUGGCUUGCUCUGGACACGACAGGGACGUCCCUGAACAGCAUGAGUUAAAAAGUCACAGCUGAAUUACGUGGCGUUUUAGAGAUCAGACAUGCGCACCUUAUGACUGGUUACAUAAGCCACCAUAAGGCUGUCAGAUCAUCUAAAAGCAGAUAUGGAAAGUUCUGAAGAAAUCUGAUGUGUGAUUAGAAGGUAUGUACUGUACACUCUUGUAAGAUGCAGAGACAUGAUGUGUAUUGAGUGCUGUGUCGCUUACUGGUCUUACAGCAGGGCGACUGUCAUUAUUGGCAGCUGGCUGCAGUGAUUAAGUCAAUCACAGCAGGAAGAGUAGGCUGACACUCAUGUGGAAGUGCUCCAACGCCCACAACAGUGAUCCAACUCAGACUUGUCUAGAUUGUGGGCAGGCUUGUAUGUCUGUGUUAUUUUGCAAGAGAUACUUUUACAUACUUUUAAUCGGUGUACUGGUAGAAAAGAAAGACUUGGGGCACCUGGGUUAAUGUUUUAUUUAUUAUAGCUCAGAAAGUUAAGAUCCUCUGCAUUAAAGCUGUUCGCUAAUUAUUAUUUUAAAAAACUUUUAAAACUAUUUUUUAUAGUAUUUUACUAUACUUUUUUGCCCCUUUUUUAUCCGUCAGUUCAAUUACUGUGCUAUUCGAGAUAUGCCAUGUCCAAUGUUGCAAGCUACACUGAGGAAAUGACUACAACACAAUUUUCCAACAGUCAUUUGAACUCAAUGUCAGUGUUUAAUAGAAAGUGUUAAAUCCAGGUCUUUAAAAGUGAAAGAAAUUAAUAUAGCAAACUAGACUCUCUAAAAGCAGGUUAUCCAAAGACACAGAAAUAAAUAGAAAUAUAACAUGAGAGAUGCCUAAAACUGAUAGUUUUCCAGCAACUGUUUCUGUCCUGAUUUGCAUGUACAGUAUUAAAGGUCUUGGGCACAUACUUAUAUAUAUAUAUAUAUAUAUAUAUAUAUAUAUAUAUAUAUAUAUAUAUAUAUAUAUAUAUAUAUAUAUUGUCAUUAUUGUCAUUAUUUAUUGAACAAAAGGGUUAAUCUCACAAAAACUGGAAAUUUGACUUGUGCAGAAGUAUGUGAAGCCUUUUAUUUAGUAGCUUGUGGCACUUCCUUUUGCAGCCAUUACUUCAACCAAACGUCUUCUGUAACCACUGACCAGUCUCUCACAUCUGUCUUUGGGGAUUUUUGCCCACUCUUCCUUGCAGAACUCAGCCAGCUGAGAGAGGUUGGAAGGACAUCUGGCAUGUACUGCCCGCUUCAGGUCUAGCCACAACAUUUCAAUUGGAUUGAGGUCCAGUCUUUGACUAGGCCAAUCAACAGUGUGAACCUUCUUUCUUUUAAGCCAUUCCUUGGUGGAUUUGCUUGAAUGCUUAGGGUCGUUGUCUUGUUGCAUCACCCAUUUUCGGCCCAGCUUCAGCUCUCUGACUGAUGGUAGGAGAUUCUCUUCAAGAAUUUGUUGAUAGGUCUGAGACUUCAAGUUUCCCUGAAUAAUAUGGAGUCGCCCUGGCCCGGAGGCAGAAAAGCAGCCCCAGACCUUCACAUUUCCACCACCAUGCUUCACUGUUGGGAGGAGGUUCUUUUCCUGGAAUUCAGUGUUGGCUUUUCUCCAAACAUGGCGGCUUUGAUUAUGACCAAAUAAAUCUAUUUUGGACUCAUCUGUCCAAAGAAUGGACUUCCAAAAGGCCUCUGGUUUGUCCAAAUGCUCUCUGGCAAAGUUGAAACGGGCAUCUUUGUUCUUUUUUGAGAGCAGAAGCUUCUUUCUAGCAACCUUCCCAUAAAUGUCAUGUCUGUUCAAUUUUCAUCUGAUUGUAGACGCAUAUACAUUUACCACAGAUGCUGCCAGAGAGGUCUGCAACUCUCUAGAGGUGAUGUGUGGGUUGGCCUUUACCUCAUUUAUUAUUUUUCUGGUGCUUCUUGAUGAUAGUUUUGAUGGACGUCCACUUCUAGGCAGAGUUGUGGUCAUGUUGAAUGCCCUCCAUUUGUAGAUGAUUUGUCUUACAGUGGAUGGAUGGAGUUGGAAUCUCUUGGAGAUGGUCUUAUAGCCUUCCCCAGACUGAUGGGCUAUCACCACCUUCUUCCUGAUGUCCUCGGAUAUCUCCUUUCCUCUUGGCAUUGUUUGACUCCUUGGCACUACAGUGGUUUGGUUGGUUUCCUCUCUCUUUUAAUCAGUGUUGCCCAACCACUUUCCUAAGGAUGUCUAAUUUGAUUGGUUUGCUUAACUGAUUAAGCACCCAAAUGUGUUUCACUUGAAUCUGUUUCCCACUUGACUUUACCAAUGCAGCUGGGGCUUCACUUACUUUUGCACAUACAAUAAUUCAAUCUUUCAUGUAGUUUUUUGGCUACUCACAAAAUUCCCUCUAAACAAACAUAUGCAAUUGAUCAACAUACAUCUGACAUUUAAUUGAUAAAAAGCAGGUGGUAAUAAAAUAAGAAAAUCAUGGUAAAACAACAGAAAACUCUGAACAGCUCAAGGGGUUCACAAACUUUCAAGCAGCACUGUGUAUA